UUUGCCUUUACAAUCCCUUUAAAAACGAUGAGUCGUGGAUACACAAAAAAGUGGUUACCGCACCUUGCUAGGAAAACACGUACAGCCUUGACUUCCUGCACGUAGCCGUACGUGCUGACUCAUUCACUCCAUUUGCCUGCCAUGUUAAUGAUCUUCAAUGACAGUUUUGUCAAGAAAAAAGUUGUCGUCUUGAGACAUACACACACCCACGCAGAUCACUCGUCGCCCUAUUUUCUGUUCCCUCCGAGCGUUCAAAAAGCAGGUUUUUGACAGGCUGUGAGGGCGCUUCAUCGCGGCCUCGGACGUGUGAUCUCGUGGCGCCUACGGAGCUGCUUUCAGUCUAAUGUUAAAGCUCACUCCUGAAUUAUUAUCAAAGCACCACCAACCGGGAACAGUGAAGAAUAAUCUGAGUUCACGGAUGGCCAUUUGCGAUAACCUUUUGGUUAAGCUGCCUAGUGAUUGUAUGUGUAAAGUCUGUUUCUAGAUAGCAAUUUGAAACAGCCCUUUGCUAUAACAUGCAAUGACUGGGAGACUGUCAAGAACUGGGGUGAUUAUGUUCAAGACCUUAAAGCAAGAAGUGCCAAAGCCGGCAAGGGCCUCAUGACGUCAGCGUACCUCAGUUGACCUCCGUGUAGACAACUGUAACGCCUGGCUGUUACACAUGCAGUCGCAGGUUAGAAGGUGUUAUACGCUAUAGCUGACAAAACCGAUAAUCUUUAUGCAUCGAUAAUCGCCAAGAAUCAUCGAAGGCAAACGGCUACUGAAAACUCCCUCUGAACACCAGCAGUGAAUGAAUAUACAUUACCUGGGGAAGUAAAAUACAGUACAAUGAAAGAAGGACCGCGAGAGGAAUGAGUUUAUUGGGACCUUCACCUUUCACCUCCAAACAUUUUUCGAUUGCUGCGUUUAGCGAACUCGAAACCUAGUUUAUUAAAAGUGUGCAGUCAUGGCCAAAGAACCAUUUCCACAGGACCGAGGGUGGGCAUGGGCCAUUGUAGUUGGAAGUUUCUUCAGCUUUUUCUUCAUGGUGGGAACCGCCAAAUCACUUGGUCUGUUUCUCAGUGAGUUCCAGCAGUAUUUUGGCUGUUCAACCUCUAUGGCUGCCAUGGUCAUGGGGUCUGGUGCUAUAGUCUAUGCUGUGCUAUCCCCUGUCUGCAUAAUGCUUGGCCAGAGAUUCCAAGUUCGGCGUGUGAUAAUGAUAUUUGUCUUCAUCGCAGUUAUUGGAAUGGCUUCUGGCAGUCUUCUUAUCAGCAUAGAGUAUCUCAUUGCCACUUUUGGACUUUGCUUUGGCAUUGGUAAUUCUGCCAUCUAUGGAAACUGCUUGGUCAUGUUAGGUGUAUACUUCAGAAAGCGCAAAACUUUGGCCAAUGGCUUGGCUUUGGCUGGUUCCAGUAUCGGGCAGUUUGCUUUGCCUCCAGUGAUAGAAUACCUGCUGGAGACAUACAGCUUGCAUGGCAGUAUUCUGCUGUUGAGCGGCCUCUACUUUAAUGUAUUUGCUGCUGCAAGCUUGUUCCGUCCUCCAUCUUUUUAUGCCAGUAUCUAUGAGUCAAAAGAAGUCAGCAUCGAUGAUCGCAACACCAAUACCAUGAAAGUGCCUUUGGAAAACGGGCUGUCAAAUCACGACAGUGAAAAUGGAAUUCAUGAUACAAAGAGUCCAGAUGACCAGAUUUUAUCUCCACUCGUGCCAUCUGUUGGAGACAAAGAUGUCACAGCCUCGGAAGAAUCUGAACUGAAAGAGAGAGAAAAUGAGUACCUGUCAUUAAUGACAAGUACUGGCAGCCUUUGCAUGCAGCCUGUGAGCGCUGAAGGUUUGUCACGCUUAUGUGAAGACAAGAAACCAGAGAAAAGCAUAUGCCAAGAACUAGUCUCCUUUCUUGACUUUGCUGUGAUGAAGAGCUACGUGUCUGUUUUUAUCACAGUGAUAAGUUUCCUAUGUUUUUUUGGCUAUUUUAACUUUAUCUUAUUCCUUCCAUCUCAUGUCCUGUCCCAGGGGAUCACCAAGUAUGAAAAAGCCAUACUCAUCUCCAUGUGUGGUGCUGGUGAUCUUGUAGGUCGUGUUACCAUGGCUCUAAUUGGAGAUCAUAACUUCCUGGCACGAUACAAGAUGAAAGCCAUUGGAGUCAUAGCUGCAGGCGUUAGUAUGGGUAGCUUGGUGUCUGCCAACAAUUUCUGGUGGUUUGCAGUCCCAUGUGGACUGUACGGAUUUUUUGGUGGCAUUUACGUGAGCCUUGUGGCUGUGGUGUUAAUAGACAUGGUGGGUGUGGAGAAAAUGCCUCGACUGCUGGCGAUGGUUAUUCUUAUCCAGGGCUUCGGAUCUGCUGUAGGACAGCCAUUUGCUUGGGGCUGUUCGAGAUGCAACAGGCUCAUUUGGAGUCGUGAUGGUGAUCUGCUGUGUCAGCAACCUCCUUGGUGGCAGUUGUCUUUUCUUGUAUCCCUUGGUGGCACGUCUAGAGGAACAGAGACAAAAAAGGUUGGGAUUGUUGAACAAGGUAGAGAAAGUAUAACCUUUUAUAUAGCUGUCCAUUUUGUUCAUUGAUGCACCCUACUCCAUUGUUGAGUGGAAGUUUUGAGAAAUUUCUUGGGUGCUACCUGGAAACAACAAGAGAGAGAGGAAAGAAUGAAUUUUAUAUUACAUCUGGUUCUAGCUAGAUGCUACACAAUAUACAUGUGUGUAUAUAUACAUACACAUACAACAGAGUAAUCUGUUAAAUAUUUUUUUGGAAAGGGUGGCUUUAAAUUUUUAAAGUGCCAUGUGCCUGUAUGCUGUAGGUGCACUGACAGGCACUUUCAGACUUUAAGGCCAGAUGCUAAAGAGUAAGAAUUAACAUUUAAGAGAUUGUUUUAGCAAUGAAUAGGGAGAAUAAUUAUACAGGUGUUUGUGUCCAUCAAAUGCUAGAGGUUUUUCCAGUUGGUGGACUAGACCUGUGCCAUUCACCAGUGGUGGAUGGACAACAUGGUUGGAUUUUCAUCACUCCCAUCUUACUACACCAUUAACAUAGGCAUGGGCUGACUGUAUAAAUAACAAGAAUUUGUACAGAUUAUGGCUAACAUGUGGGGCUGGACUGGGCUGACUAUGACUAAUAUGGGUCAACAAUACAACUUUAUUGAUCCCCAGGGGCAGUUCAAGAUUGUGUUCAUACUAGCAAUAAUAUAUAUAUACAUGAUAUGAAUAUAUCUGGGAUGACCAAUAUAUGGGUUUGGGCUGACUGACCAACAUGCGGGCAUAGUUGAUCAUUACUAAUGUGGGCCUUGACUGAUUAAUGUGAGCCUGGGCAGACCAUGACUAGCAUAUGGGCCUGGCCUGACUAAGGUAGGCCUAGGCUGACUCCUACAAUGCCAACAUUUGGGUCUAAGCUGAUUCUGACAUAAGUAAAAAGUAGAUCUUUACUGUCCAUGACAUUACUUACCAUGUGGACCAAGGUAGAUCAUAGCAAUAAAACCCACAUAGGACAAUAUAGAGAUGGUCCAGUCAAGAGAGCUACGGUUGUGAUUUGUGUGUUGUUCUUUUAGCUAUCAUGUUCAAAGCAGGUCCUUAAUGACUAUAAACAUUUUGAGUCUGCUACAUUUUUUUUAAUGUGACAGUAACCAUGUCUUUACUGAUGAAACAUAUCUUGGUCUAUUCAAGUUUAUAAUUUAUGGACUUUGAAUAUUUGUUGAUUAGCUAAAUCAAUGGGCUUGAAAUCAACUGUUCUCGGUGAAAUGAAUAGUAAUGUUUUCACCUUAGAUCUGGCAUAUAACCAUAUUAUAUAUUCACCUUUAUGCCACUAUUCUUUGGUUGUAUCUUUAUAAAGUAUAACUCAAAGAUUUAUUUACACAAAGAGCAACAGAUAUUUGAUUUUAUACUUUUUCAUCUACUCUGAUGCAGAGUAAAAUGCUCAUUGCUGAAAUAUUUGCUAGAUUCCAUUUCUGCAUUUGAGAGUUUACUUAAUAUGCCUGUAUUUAUUGUCAUACCUAGUCCUGCUAUUUUUGAUGGAUCUUAUUAGUAUAAAAUAAAGGACUGAGGAUGUCAAGUUUCUUGGCUGCAUCUGAAAUUUUCUUUGCUACAUCUACUUUAUACUUUAUUCAUAUUAACCUUUGUGCACAUUCUUAUUCUCUAAAGAUAUCAGACUUUUUUAAUUUAUAAGUAAGCAAAGUUGUGUGCUUUAGACAACUGUUGUACUUGUGCAAUACAGUGCAUGACAGUAUACAUUUUAGUCACAAUCUUUGAAAUAGCAACAGUAAAUCAAUUUAUAUACUUAUAUAAAAAUACAUAAGAAAUUUAAUAUUUAUGAUGAAUAUUAUUUUAGAUUAUGCCAUUUGUAAAUGUGAGCCUUCAGCCACUACUUGUGGUUUCCAUGUUGCUGCAAAAGGUAGCUGUGAGAAGAACGCUUUACUUUGUUAAAAUAAGAAUAUGAUAAACAAGGGAAAAAAAAUAAGUGGAUGUGUGUAUGUAAUUUUACAAAAGCGCUGUUCACUGUAAAAAACAAAACAAAACAAAACAAAAAAACAGCAGUUGUCUGAUUACAAAUUUUUGUGUUUCAUACUUCAGUUGUUAGUGCUCCUGAGUUUGGAGCAGAAGGUUGCUGGUUCAUGGCUUGUGAUGAACAGAUAGGUAUAUGAAUUUUUUCAGUUAUGUGCCCCAAACAGUGAACCACACAUGUUUACUGCCCUUCAACCAGUGAUGUCUAGUGUGAAGAACUUGUUAGACCUUUCCUCUUGUGUGGCAAUAUGUUUUUGGUAGGAGGGUGUUUUUAUAGAGAAAUGCUUUGGUAUGUGGUGAAUAUUGAGUGUGGCAGGAAGGAACAGGAUGUAAUAUGGAAAAAUUAUGGUCAGAAUGACCUGGAUGGGAGAAGCAAAGGGGAAAGACUAGAGACUUGUUUAAGUGUUUAAUGUAUAUAAACUGUUUUUUGUGAGAUCCAGCAUGCCUUGGUUGACCACUGGGAAGAGGAUACAAACAUUUCUACCUGUAAUCAUGAGAGUAUGCACUGAGAGGAAAGAUAAGUACGAACGGUACAAUCAACAAGGGAACAGAAAGCCCUGCUAGCAGCUUGAGAAAACUAUUUGCCAUUGUUAUGUAGAUACCCAUUUUAUGCUCUCAGUGAACAUGUUUUAUGGCCUUGCAGAAUUACACGAGUUGCAAGAUAUUCUGUGUCAUUUUAUGCACCUCAAAUAUUUUUUGUAAUUCUUUAGUGAGCGUUUUGGGAGAUUUUGAUUGCUUUGUAUUAAUAAUAGGACAGAACCAUGUAACUGAAUGUCAUGUUUCUUAUCUUGGCUUCCAUGAUGACAUUACAUGUUGGGAAUCUUACUGACAAUACCUCCCUGGUAUUAUUGUUGAUUUAUACACCACUGAUACUGAUAUUUUGGUACAACAUGCCAUUCCUGCUGUUGAAAUAGGUAUGCUCAUGAGAUUUCGCUGCAUUGAUGCCAUAUACCAGGAAUGCUAUAACUGCUAUUAUUUGUUUUAAGUGAAUAUUUCAUUUAUUUAAACAUAGCUACACUAAUGAAACAUGCUGCAUAUGCCUAACCCUAACCCUGACCUUAGUCGUGUACCAGGGCAUAUUGUAAGAAACAUUUGAAAAUCUGUUUUUGGAAACCACUUUCUUUGUUUACACAAACUGACCUCCACUCUAAAAUUUUGAAGCAAGUGUGUAUACAUAUUUUUUAUAACUUUCAGUGGCAUUACUGAGCAUUACUUGUUUUUUUUUUAAAAUGUAAACAUUUUCUGAAAGGGAUUUCUAAAGGUAUUUAAAAAGGAAAUUGUGUAGACUGGCUUAAAAUGGGCUAAUGCCUAGAAUUCUUAAAUGGGGAUUGCAACAAAUCCUGAACAGUAAUGAGAUUUUUCUUUUCUUUUUUUGGCUUGUCUGAGUCACUGACAUGAUUCGUCAAGGGAGAUAAAGGUGACAGAAGGAUUGAGACAAUCACUGUGCCCUAAACACAAUCAACUGCUAUUCUUUAUUUUCACUCCCCCUAUGGAAAAUACCCAUGGGACAAUUUACCCCGCACCAUUUUGUUGAGAGAUUAUGAAGGCUGGGUUUCGUAGCAUAAAAAGUGUGCAUGAAAUUAAUGAAUAUAGCAUGUCAUAUGUUUAUAAACUAGUGGGUGUAAUUAUAUUGAUACAGAUGUGCAUGAUCAUAGCUGAUGAAUUUUACUCCCCUCCAUACUCCUAGAAAGUUUAAUAGUGAACUAGUGAGUACAAGCAUGUAAGUUAUUAUGUGGACAUCUUGACAUCAUGCAUUGACUACCACAAAGCAAGUAUGUUUCUUCAAAAUCAGCAUGUGGAAGAGUUUUUGUUUUUUUAAAAGAGAAAAAGUACAUGAAUUACAAAGAAAUUGACUGCAUUUGUUGAAGGUGUGUUUAUAAAUCACCUUUCUUUGUCACUGGAAAUGAUUUUGUUGUAUUUUGGAAUAGCAUUUUAUCACUCAAUUCCUUUAUUUUUAGCGUAAGUGUUUUUAACUUCUCUCCUUUUGUAUGGGUUUAUGAGUACAUAUGUACUGAGAACUUUACAAUUUUUAUUUCAAUUAAUUUUAUCUUGCUGGAUAGUCUUGCUCACAAAUUGCGAUCAUAAAGCCUGGUGAUAUAAAGAGAUUGUUUAAUGCUGCAUUGCAUUUCAGUGCUAAACAUUACUACCAGUAAAAUAUUUUGCCAAUGUUUAUCCAUUAAUUUACAAAUACUUGUUCACUUUCUUUGCAUGUUAUUUCUUCCACUCAACAAAAGUAUCUUGCUCAUUGAAUGCUGAAUUUUAAGAUGUGACUAGCUUUUCUAUUCCAUGAUCAUGCCUAUCAUUUGUCUGUCCAGCUGUUGUUUUAUCAGGAAGUUUAUGAAGUGCAGAAUUGUACCCUGUAAUUUUGAGAAAAACGUUUUUUAGCUUAUUAAAUAUAUAUAUACCACUUAAUUUGGAAUCGUCUUUUUGGGAUUGUCAAAAUUUUCUUGUGCCUUCAUUUAUUUUGUGGGAUUCUUGAGACAAUGAUGUCUAAAUAGACUUGACAGCACAUUAUGUCCUGAUGGCUGGGUUUGCUGUUUUGUUUUCCAGGGUAUAAUGAUCUUUUGAAAAUGCAAUAUUACUCAUUUCAUGAUAGGACACAUCUACAGAUCAAUACAUGCUGGGGACUUGAACCUACACUCUUCUACAAUUUUUUGUGAAAAAUAAACCUUUAUGACUGAAAAUGAAAGCCAGGUACUGUUAAUGUUAGUAACAAUAAUCUUUUUACUAGUUUUAUGCACAGUUUAGCUGACUGCUCUGCUAAGCAUCCAGUUAGCACCAACUGAUAUGUUGUGGAUUCUUUUUGAGAAAGUCACACUUGAAGUUGAAGGGACUAUGUUUAUGGUCAAAUCAUUCUACCUAUCGAGAGUUAAAUGACAUCUGAACCCCAUAAACAACAGAAAAUAAUUAAAAUGUUAAUCUUUUAUUACAUGCAGCUUUACUGUCAUUGCACAGCCAAAUGAAGAAUCUGUAACUAUGUUUGCAUACCUGUUA